GAGGACAAAAAUGAUCCCAGCCUGCCAAGCACACUAGUUCCUUCAGUUACAAAAAGUUGGUAUCCUUUUAGCCUCACUUUUUUACUUACAAACCAUCUCGAAGAUGAAUAAUGUCCAACCAAGAUUUUCUCGAUAUGUUCUCAACAAUUUUUCCUGGCUAGCAUGACGCAUAACUGCGUGGCUAAAAAUCCUUUUUCAUUAGAUUGCUAGACCGCUAACAUGUCGAAUUUGCAAAGGGAGCUUUUUGCACGAUGCUCCUUUUGUUUCUUUGAAAUUCUGAGAGAUAUUUGUUGAGUCUCUUGACGGAGAGGUAUUAUCCCGUAUAUUAUUACAUUAUCAGAGGUAUUAGCAGAGAAAUAUAUUUCUUUUUAUUCGAAAAGUUUUCCUUCUCAUUAUAACAUUUAAUUGCUAUAAUUGCAGUUUGAAUUUUUUGUUCUAAAAUUGAUUUACACCCUCCGAUUUCAUAUUCUGAUAGAUGUUAAUGUGAAAUCAUAAAGCCCUUGAAUUUUCUUUUGCAUUAGUGGUUACUAUGCAUUUAGAAAAGAACUCUCUGAUUUGAGCCGUCUCUAUUGCAACACAUAGAAACGCUAAGAGCUUGGUUAGUUUUUUCUUUUUUUCACCCGCAUUUGAGCUUACAUUGUUACAAUAGAGAUGUACAGUAGCAAAGCGUGGAAACCGAUUUGAAUAGUUACUCUGAUUUCUCCUCAAUUAUAGAGACAAGAGAAUUCCGAAAUCUAAACUGUUCUGUGAUUAACUCAACCCAGAGUUUAUGGGCCACGGAUAAAACGGGUGAUCAUCUUUGCCCAAGCAGUGAAUAUCUAAGAAGUUCAGCUGUGAAUAUGCUUGGGCGAUAUCCUUGUAAACAAAGUACGUUAUAUGCCAAGAUCAGUUGGAUGCAAUUUUCAAUUUUAUUUUAAAGAUUUUACUUUCUCAUAGGGUUGUUCGUCUAUCCCCAGGAUGGUGCUCGUUUAUCUGUCCGUCCGUCCGUCAGUCCGUCCGCACGUACUUACGUCCAUCCCUUCAACCGACUUCCCACCUUUCAUGCGUUCACUCAUUCCUUUGUUCCUCUAUUUGUUUAUUUAUUCAUUGAUUAGUGAUUUUAGUUACUUUAAGUCACUAAAGCAUAACUUAUUUACCCAUUUAUCGAUUAAAAUAAGGCUUAAGUUGACUGGCACGUGAGGCGGUGGGACGAGGUUUAUUUAAUUGUUUUAUGUGUUUAUUUGUUUAUUUUGCCAUUUUUUAAUUAUAACACACGAGAAGAAAUAAAAGGAGUUACAUAUACAUUAAUAUAGUUUAUAAAAUAAUUCAAAUAGUACGCGCGCUCUAAUUGGCCAUAAAACCAUUUUACAUGAGCGUAUGUAAACACAGUUUUCGUUCUGCUUUCAUUAGUUAUUUUAUAAAAGAAAUGUAAAAUGGUUUCCGUGUUUACAUAGCCUGAUGUAAACACUUGGGAGUUUGGGAGAACACUCGAUAAGCUGGAAACCACUUCGCUUCGCGUCGUGGUUUCCUACGCUUAUCUCGUGUUCUCCCAACCUCCCGCGUGUUUACAUCAGGCUAUGUAAACACGGAAACCAUUUUACAUUUCUUCAGUAAAUGACUGAAAAUCUAAGAUGUGGCGAGGAAAAGUGUAGAGAAACCAAGAGUCUGGUGCGAGCUACAGGUUCCUCAUAUUUUACAAAAUAAAUUAAUAUUACUUCAUGUUAAAAAGGAAGGAACCCACACUUAUAAAACAACAACAACAAUAGCAGGCGCUAAAACAAAAUUAUACUUAAGCAGCUUGGGAAAAGAGAGAAAAAAAAGCAAUAAGGGAGUUAACUUAGUAAUAAUGGUAGGAAUUUAGACUUAAACAGGGAAAGUGUGCCAACAAUUUGGAUAUCUAUAUUCAGAGAAUUGAAAAAUUUAGCUCCUUUAAUUCAGGUUAUGAACUCAUUCUCUAAAAACUUCGUCCCAAAGCAAAAAUUGGCUUCCAGACAACUGAAUCAACGCUUGUGUGACCUUGAUAAAGUGCAAUGUUCUGUUUACUAAUUUUGAAGGAAAUUUACAGUAGUCAGAAGGGAGAACUAUAAAUCAGUUGGAUCUGUAGAGUCAAUGCUUUCACCCUUACCCAGGCAUACUCACUCUUUUUUAGGGCACAUGGCUAUUGGGUUGACGACGGUAACUCGGCCUGACGGUGUAGAAUAUCUUCCCCAAACGAUCCAAAGUUUACUGGACAACAUGAAUGACGAUCACCGAAAGCAAACAUUUAUAGUUGUAUUCCUCGCAGAUUUCGAAGAGCAAAAGAAGCAGGACACAAUAAAGAAACUGUCAAAGCUCUUUGACAAAGAAAUCAGAGAAGAUCUUUUGCAUGUAAUUAAAACAUCGCCAAAAUAUUAUCCCCGGCUAACGAGCCUCAGGCAGAAAUUUGGUGAUUCUCUGACAAGAAUUUACUGGCGUUCAAAACAGAACAUAGAUUUUGCCUUUCUGAUGUGUUAUUGUUAUGAACUUUCUAGCUACUACCUGCAUGUCGAAGAUGACGUCAAAGCAUCUCCGAGUGUAUUUCAAAAGAUCCAAGAGUUCAUUUCAUCUCAAAAAAAGGCUUGGCCAAUGUUGGAUAUUUCUAGGAUGGGUCACACUGCAAAAGUUUAUCAGUCAGAGGAUCUCAGGAGCAUUGCAUCUUAUUUUUAUCUCAUGUAUGACGAAAUGCCCGGUGAUUGGUUGAUGAUGCACUGGCGAAAGGUCAUGGUACCUGACAAUGCAGAAUAUAUACUGCCAGCGGCUUCUUUUUUUCAACAUCUUGGUGCCCGUUCUUCGCUCAAAGAAAAGAGCCGUUUAAAAAAUUCGAUUUACAUGGAUAAAUACUUUGACGAGCACGAUCAAAAAUACAGCGGAAUGAACCCUUCAGCAGAAGUUUCUUCGUCCAUCCCAUCGAAAGAAGGGAAUCCUCAAGAUGCGUACCGAAGUGGACUUGGACACUUCUGGGGAAAAAACAUUAAGCGCGAUGACCAUGUAACUAUAAAGUUUAAUUCCUCUGUCACUGUUAGAAAAGUGUUUGUGGAUACUGGGUCAAAUCUAGCCAUGAAAGAUUUUCUGAGGUCUGGUGUUUUGCAGGCAAGCUUCAGUGUCUCUGGCACAAACUCGUCGUCAUGUGGAAAGUUUGACACAGUUGUCUCAUUUAAAGAUGGCAGAGCUCAAGUUACUUUUACAAACAAAAAGAUUGAUUGUUUACGAAUUUUGGUUACCAAGAAUCAAAAUGAGUGGCUCUUUCUGAGGGAAAUAGACGUUUGGGAAGAGAAACAGUAA